AUGAUUCCGGCGGUGGAGCAAGAUAAUCUGUGGACGAACGACAACAACAAGAUGAUAACGAACUUGUUUCAGUGUAUGGAGAUGGGGACAUGUGCGCCGAAUCAGAAGAAAAUUAUUAUCCUUGGGUCCUAUCAUUUUCUCGGCGCUCUGGUCGGAUGGAAUGGCGGAGAGGAUAUGUGGUGUCGGUCAACGGUCCUAGCUCUCAAGGAACGCAACUACACUAUUUUGUACGCCUUGAACAACGAUCGCGCCGUUCAGCUCUACCAGAUGUUCCCGAAAAUGGUCAAAGCUGUGCUCUUGGAGGUGCCAGAAGUCUACAAUUGUCACGCGGAUACUGAGAAUUGUGUACUUUCUGAUCGAAACCCACACGGUAUACCUAUCUGGAAGAUAUUCAGUUGGCAUUUCUGGGUGCAUACUGCUCAUCCAUUAGGACGACUUUGGACAUUAAAUCCAGAGCCAUACGAACUCGAAGGCCACGAAAACCCGAAUACGUACGUUGGCUACUCUGUCGAGCCAUCCUGUCUUUCGACUCCAUAUGUUCCACCGGCGCAACGUCGUGGUCAAGGAUAUGUCAUGGCCAAACGUCUACACUACUUCACUCCUAUUCCCGAGAGAGCGUGGUCAAACGACUAUUAUGAGGACGCAGUGGAAGCCGCGGGUAUCGAACUAGUCCUCGGGGCGAACUUGCUGGACGGCGGAGAAGCUUCAAGAAUAGAGCUUCCCAAAGGUAUCAGGAACCUAGGUGUUUUACCUCAGCCAAAGUUCAUGGAAGAGGUAGCGCACUCGAAGGUUAUGAUUGGGGUGGGACAGCCGUGGACGUCUCCGACGCCUUAUGAAGCUCUUUGUCUGGGUGUACCAUUCAUCAAUCCCAUUCUUAGUUGGGACGAGAACAACAAGACGAACCGGAUGGCCUGGUCCACACAACAUGGCCUUCUUCGUCAUCUAAACCCCCCAUACGUAUACAAUGUCCAUCGAGACGACCAUGCUGGAUUUGUAGCAGCUGUCAAGGCGGCAGUCGAGAAUCCCAUCGAAAGACACAUUCUUAGCCGAAUGCGUAUUCCGGUUAUCGCGGAGAGGAUACAAACUCUUUUUGACAGAGAUUGGGAAGCAGAGUACAGAAAGUUGUUAGAUGAAGGUGAACUGUGA